UGUAGUGUUGAUUGAUGCAGCGCUGGCUUCCAUCGGUUUGCAUCCGUCCGUGUGGAGGGGCUACGCCAUAGCCACCCUCCAUUGCACGAAAUUACCAAACCCUCGCUUGCCCCUGCACGUUACCACCUCGUGCUCCGCAUUCGGAGCAGCAGUCUGCUCCGCUGCAUUCCCAAUUUUGUGUGUCAAGCGUACCGCGGUUGUUUGAGAGUAGACGUGGGCGUGCUUGUCGGAGGCAUUUUUGAACCUCCCAGAACCAGCUAUCACUCAUUCUGAGAAAGGGAAAAUAUUUGAGGAUUUCCAGAGGAUAAAAUGGCGCUAGUACAGUGUUUGCAGUCGCAAGUUCUGACAUCGAGCUCCAGUCAACAGGCGAUUCUGUGUGAGAAGUCUUCAUCAUGCUCACCCCGUUUGUUUCUAGUUCCUAUCACCAGUUCCUCUUUCUCUUCCUUUCUGGCGGCUCCAAACCACGCCUCUUCAUCUUUAUUAUUUAAACGUCUUUCAAGCGAUUCCUUUUUGGGCGCACGCUUAUCCAAAAUUUCUAGUCACACCAAAAAUGUAUCUGGCCAGCGGUACUUGCGCACAAUAGUACAAGCUAAUGAUUCGACAGCAGAUGAACCCCUCCCUUCAGAUAUGUCGUUAGAGAAUGCUUUGCAACUGCUUGGAGUUAGAGAGGGUGCAUCUUUUGAAGAAAUAUUAAGAGCUAAAAAGGUGAUGACCGAGAAGAGCGGUGGAGAUCAAGAACAAAUUGUGCAGGUCGAGGCAGCAUACGACAUGUUAUUGAUGCAAAGUCUGUCACAACGACGAGCUGGAAAAGUUGUUGAUAGCGCUGUCCGAUAUGCUGACGUUAGAAAGCCUAAGUCCUCUGGCGGAGGACCGGAAUGGUUGCAGAAGGCAUUGAAAAAUGCUCCCGUAUCUUUUGAGACUCCUUCAAAUUCCGAACUUGGACUUCAAUCAGGACUAUAUGCAGCUUUGAUUGUUUGGACUUUUGCAACUGGAGUUACUUCAUCUCCAAUUGAAGGAGCGCUGGCUGGGCAAGAUACCCCAGGUUUUAUUUUAGCUGUUGGAUUUGGACUCGCUGUAUACUUCCUGAGGAAAAAAAAUACCAAAUUAGCAAAAGCGGUUCUCAUCUCAAUUGGGGGACUUGUGUCGGGAGCGGUGCUAGGUGGAUUGGUGGAGAGUUGGCUACGUGUAGACAUUGUUCCAGUAUUUGGAAUUGGGUCACCUGCGAUUGUUGUCAGUGAGUUUGUGCUGUUCUCCCUGUGGUUCAGCUCUUUGUAUUUGAGAUGAUGAAACUACUAUCUUCAUCUACAAUGUGCUCCGGCAGCAGUUAGUGAAGGUUUUGAGAAUUUGAUCCCACAUCUGUAUUGAUCAUGUCUUACGUAGAGACAUUAGCAUUCCUCUAUUGUAAAGCCAGAAGUAACAGAGGAAAUCACAUGCACUGUGUACAUUUACUGAAGACUGGAAUUUGGUUGAUAAGUCCAGAAAUUUUGUAGACUGCCGAUCUACUUUGCGUAAUCUCAGUAGCCUUA